AUAGUACCAGUAGAGUAGCGCAUUUUUACUUCCCGUCCGGUUCGAGGUGGUUUCUCGCCCUCCACUUCCGCUUUAAGCGUUUCCGGUUGUGUGCAGCCGUGCUCCGCGCGGCCGGCGUCAGGAAGCUACAGGAUGUCAGGUUGGGAUCGUGAGGCCGCGCGGACUGGAUCCGGCGAUGGACGAAUAUAUGUUGGGAAUCUGCCAGUUGAUAUUCGGGAGAAGGAACUAGAGGAUCUGUUUGAUCGCUAUGGUAGGAUCCGGAACAUUGAGUUGAAGAACCGGGGCGGCAGUAGUGCCGCUCCAUUCGCAUUCAUCAGCUUUCAGGACCCCCGCGAUGCCGAGGACGCAGUGUUUGGAAGGAAUGGCUAUGACUUUGGCUCAUGUCGACUACGUGUUGAGUUUCCGCGUUCCUUCCGGGGAUCCGGUGGAGGAGGCGGCGGUGGUGGCGGAGGAGGAUACGGAGGCUCUCGGGGAAGAAAUGGUCCGCCAUCUCGCCGCUCAGAAUACAGAGUGAUGGUCUCAGGUCUUCCACCCUCAGGAAGUUGGCAGGAUCUGAAGGAUCAUAUGCGGGAAGCUGGUGAUGUCUGUUAUGCUGAUGUACAUAAAGAUGGAAUGGGGAUUGUUGAGUUCAUUCGCAAAGAAGAUAUGGAAUAUGCUCUGCGGAAGCUAGAUGAUACAAAAUUCCGCUCCCAUGAGGGUGAAACUUCUUAUAUCCGUGUGUGCCCAGAGAGGAAUACCAGCUACUCUCGCUCCAGAUCCCGUUCUAGAGGGCGUGAUUCCCCUUAUCAAAGCAGUCGCUCACCUCGUUAUUCUUCUCCCUUUCGACAGUACUGAGUUUCCACCAUAGGGACACUUUCUAAGAAUUGAAUUCUAUAUCCCGUCUACUCAGAACAACAUUCCGCGACUGAUGGAUUUCAUCAACUUUUAUACCAUUAUUUUUUUUUUUAAAGAAAUAUUUUCUUGACAUAAGGUGUGUGUGUGUUUUUUUUUUUUUUUUUUUUUUUUAAGUUCUAUCAUCUUCAAGAAGGCAAAAGAAAAGUAUUGUGCCUCCUAAGAAGAAUGGAUGGCCUAAUAUGAAAUUGUGUUUAAUAGGCUGUGUGUAAUAGCUAUACUGGAACUAACUAAAGUAGAAUGCUAAUGGAACCAAUACAACUUAAGGGAAUGUACAUGUGUGUCCUACAUAUAGUUCAAUGCCAUCAGUAUCUUAGAAAGGUAUAAUUUGGAAUAACUUUUUAAUCCUGUUCACAAUCAAGUUUGUACGUAUGUUCCUUUUAUUAUUAAAGUGUUUCAGUUAAAUAAAAAGCAACUGUAGCUGUCCUAAUAAACCGUGCAAUGUUAUUCUGUUUCUACACUUUUCCUUGGGUUCUGUGCUUGAGCUUGGAAAGACUUUUUAUCUUUCAUGUUGGGCUGGCAAAGGAAUGUUACCUGUUGUUAAAAAGAGAGAGAAUAAGGACAUCCUGCAAAUUUUUUGGUAAUGUUUGUGAAUAUGAAUAAAAAUCUUUAAUACCUGGA